AUGGCAAGCAUAAAAUCGUAUCUUUCGUGCCUUCUCUUACUCAGCUUCGCCUCUACCCUUCUUCGUAGUGGCUCAGCUUCUCAGGACGAUCGAAAGUCAUACAUUGUGUAUAUGGGUCAAAGGCCUAAUAAGGAUCAAGUCUCCAUUUCAUCUCUUCACUUGAGCAUGCUACAAAAAGCCAGUGGAAGAAAUUUCUCUCCUGAAAGUCUAGUGAACAGCUUCAAAAGAACGUUCCAUGGAUUUGUUGCAAAGCUACCUGAAGAUGAAGCACAAAAGAAUGCGGGAAUGAAAGGUGUAGUGUCUGUUUUUCCUAAUGAAAUGAAGAAACUUCACACAACAAGGUCAUGGGACUUCAUGGGAUUUUCCCAGCAGGUUAAAAGAACGAAUCUUGAAAGCGAUAUCAUUGUUGGGAUGAUUGACACUGGAAUUUGGCCAGAGUCCCAAAGCUUUAAUGAUGAAGGAUUUGGUUCGCCUCCUACCAAAUGGAAGGGCUCUUGCCAUGUCUCAUCCAGUUUCUCUUGCAACAAUAAAAUUAUAGGAGCAAAAUUUUAUCGAAGCAAUGGAUUAUUAGGUGCAAAAGAUCUUAAGUCUCCAAGAGAUUCACAAGGCCAUGGAACACAUACAGCUUCAACUGCAGCUGGGGGAGUAGUUAACAUGGCAAGCCUGUAUGGCCUUGGCAUAGGAACAACCCGCGGAGGAGUUCCAUCAGCUAGGAUUGCUGUUUACAAAGUUUGCUGGUCAGACCGUUGCUGGGAUGCUGACGUUCUUGCAGCAUUUGAUGAUGCAAUUGCUGAUGGAGUUGACAUCAUAUCUGUUUCUCUUGGAGGCUCUACUCCUUUAGACUAUUUCAAAGAUUCAACCGCAAUUGGAGCUUUUCACGCUAUGAAACAUAGUAUAUUGACUUUAAACUCUGCAGGAAAUUAUGGGCCUGUACUAAGAACAAUCACAAAUUUUUCCCCAUGGUCUCUUUCUGUGGCAGCGAGCACCAUUGACAGAGAGUUCAUCACCAAGGUUCGGCUAGGAAAUAACAGAACUUAUGAGGGUAUUUCCAUAAACACAUUUGAUCUAAAUAAUACCAUGCUUCCAAUAAUCUAUAGAGAAAAUGCUCCAAACACCAAUGGAAAUUUUGCAGGCUCUAGGCCCAGGUUAUUGGACUCAAGUUUAGUGAAGGGCAAAAUUGUUUACGAUGAAAUGGAUUCCGGUGUAUCUGCAUUCUUGGCUUGUGCAGCUGGCAUUUUAACUCAAUACCAAGGCGUUAAAGAUGUUGCUGAGUCUUUUCCGUUGCCUGCUUCUUGUCUUGGACAUGACGAGGGUAGCAGCAUUCUCUCCUACAUAAACUCAACAGGAAUCGCAUCUGCCACUAUAUAUAAAAGUAACCAGGCAAAGAAUUCAUUGGCCCCUUAUGUGGUUGCAUUUUCAUCAAGAGGUCCAAAUCCAAUUACUCGAGAUAUUCUCAAGCCUGAUAUAUCUGCCCCAGGAGUUGACAUUCUAGCUUCUUGGUCAUUACUUCGUUCAGUUACAGAAAUUCCAGAGGAUAAUAGAAGAGUACCAUAUAAUAUAAUCUCAGGAACUUCAAUGGCUUGCCCACAUGCAACUGGGGCUGCUACUUGGGCUGCUGCUUAUGUCAAAUCGUAUCACCCAACAUGGACUCCUGCUGCCUUCAAAUCUGCUCUUAUGACUACAUCUUUUCCAAUGAAUUCUAAAAUCAACUCUGAAGCUGAAUUUGCAUAUGGAGCUGGACAUAUAAAUCCUGCAAAGGCUAUUAAUCCAGGAUUGAUCAACGAUGCAGAGCCAAUCGACUACAUAAAAUUUUUGUGUGGACAAGGAUACAAUAGCAGUCUUCUACAAAUGGUUACAGGGGACAACGGCAGCUGCUCAGUUAAUGGAACAGUUUGGGAUCUGAGCUAUCCUUCCUUUGCACUUUCUAUUGCACCCUCAGAGUUCAUUAGCCGUGUCUAUAAUAGGAUUGUCACAAAUGUUGGCUCACCAACUUCCACAUGCAAAGCUACAGUGACUUCCCCUCAUGGAUAAAUCCAAGUGAAUCCUAGCAUCCUAUCAUUUACCUCUCUUAAUGAGAAUUUAUCUUUUGCUCUUACAGUUGAAGGGAAGUUAGAAUUAGAAGAUAUCAUGGUCUCUGCUUCUUUGGUGUGGGAUGACGGAGUACAUCAAGUGAGGAGCCCAAUUACUGUUUAUGUAGUGACACAAUAAAAUUCAGGAGACAUUACCAUAUCAAAAGCAAUAUAUGCCUAUGAAAAUACAAGAA